AUGGGUCAUGACCCAGAACACGAGCACCAACAGGAAGCUACUGCAUUGAAUGAUGCCACUUCCAGCGAGCAGACCCCGACGGGAAUAGAGAGUGUGGAGUCAGAGAGACGUCCUGAACAUGAACGCGAGCUGCUACCGGAAGACGCGCUUGUGCAUGAGCAGCGUAGCGGAAAGGAGGAAGUGUGGAAACACCUGUCGAUCGAUACGCACUCUACACCAAAUGGACGAGACGGGGACGCGACCGAGCACAGCGAGCGGCAUGGAGAUACGAACGAGGAGGCUGGCCAUGAUGGGUCUACGUUAUCAACACCGGUCGAAACACCCAGUAUCGGUAGUGAACACGCUUCAACGUCCAUGUCCCUCUUCCCUCAUGGUUCAGCACAUCUGGGACCGCCGAAGAAAUUCGUCAGCUCUGCCAACAUCAAUAAGAAGUUCCUCCAGAAGACGGCCGCGCCGUCUCCACUUCCCGCCCCGGGGAAAGGGGUCAUUCCCACAAUUGCCCGACCCGCAUCCGUCACACCGAACCAAUCUCAAUCAAGGUUGGUUACUACGAAACUCACGAUGGUGGCGCCUGCCCUGCCUACACCUGCAGCGGGAUGGAACAAAAGUGGCACACCCUCUGGAGCACCAUCACCUCAACCUGCUGCAACACCAUUAUCAGCGCAAGCGCAUACACCUGCCACAACUACACCUGCAGUUCCGCAUGCCACCAUCCAAACUGCAGUUCUACAAUCCGCAUCAGCGAAGCUGGCAACAUCUGCUGCCGCAUCAAGAUCGGCAGCGCCACCGAGUCCAGGUGCCCUCCCCGUCCCAUCGGCACCCUCAGCGGCACGAACUCCGCGCCCGGUACCGCAGAUACAGAAAACACCGGCAGUUCCGACAAAUGUGUGGGGUCACCCAGCGCCCGUUCCUGCGAUUGGAGUAAUGCCGGGGUUUACAGUUGAUGCCGAUUUUCCAACAGCAGCAGAGGCAGCUCGAGGGAAGCGUCCAAGACAGGGGCCAUCGCACAAGGCAGAGGCAGUUCCGCCAGCGCACGCAGAUACGUCCGCCGACGCGUUCCGCGGCGUUCACCUGGAUCCUAAUGCGCAUCACUGGGAUGAGAUGGAGGAUGAGGAGGAUGAUUUCCUGGCUGGUGAGGUGGAGUUUGGUGACGGGCGGCAGUAUAAGGUGGAAACAGCAGAGAAUGCUGAUACGGGUCGCCCACCGGCUAGUGCUUUCCCCUUAACACGAGAAAAUCGUUUCUCAGACGACUUCGAUCGAAGCUGGCCUCGUACAGCACCACUACCUCCUCCACAUGAUGUGUCCCGACCUGGGCCAGAGAUCUCUCCAACAGGUGAAGGCCAAAGAACAUUAUUCAACGAGCGCUCCAAUCGACUGGAACCUUGGGGUCGGCCUCUUCCUCCACACCAAGCAGGACGGCGAAGAGAAAGUUUCGAUGAACAUCACCAUGGUUUCCCAGGGCGAGAUGCUCCUCCGCACACCCUGCACUUGCUGCAGAAGGAGCCACGCAGUGCGACGUACCCUUCACGCGAACCGCCCCCCCCUCACCCCGGACGUACAAUUGGUUCGCCUGGCCAUAUGACACGACAGUUGCCACCGCAUCUAUUACAAUCUCCCGUGGCGCACGAAUCCCCUUUAUCUGCCGUCGGAUCCGGCCGCCCUCCGCAUUUCGUAACUUCUCCCCAGAAUGCCCCCCUCCCUGUCCCGACAUUACCGCCCCCUCACCUUGCAACAUCAAUAUCCACUGCACCUGACUCGGCUUCACUCAAGUCGCUCAGCCCAGACGCGGCUAUUUCACCUGGGUUGCCGGCGAGCGGAGUGGAUGUUGGCGAAUUGCAUAAGAUGGCUAUGCAUUCUGCCGCCGAACGGGCAAAGCGUCGGCGCCAAGAAGAGGAAGAGGAAAGAGAACGAGAACGCGAUCGUGCACGGCGGAAGGCACAAGAGCUAGAGGAGAGAAUCAAGGCAGCAGAAUUGGAGAAAGAGAAGGAAGCGGAGCGGCGAAAUGAAGCGGAACGUGCGGAGCAAGAGCGAAGAGCGGCAGGAGAGAAACAGAAAGAGUCAGAACGAAGAGGACUUUGGCACAUUGAACGACCUAAGUCCCCAGUAUCGCCGUCUGCCUCAAGGAACGUACUCCCUCGACCGGAUUUGGUUUCCGCACCAGUUGAGGCAACAGCAGAUCUACCAUCGAUGCGGGUAGACUCAUGGAGGUCCAGCAAACCUAUCGCACCAAUCGGGACACAUCCUAACGCAGCACCGUCCCUUAAAUCCCCUUCACCUCUGGUUCACACUAUCCCUCUUCCUCACAAGCCAUUAUCCCCUAUCGUGUCGAACAUUCCGGAGGUUUUGGCGAUUGGCUCCUUGGACGGCAUCGAAGAGGUGGACUUCAGCGAGAUGGGCCAGCUGGUCCAUGGGAAACCUGAGACAUCUCGGUUCAAUGAGCAGUCACCCCCUACCCGUGACCGAGCACUCUCGCUCAAUCACAAGAGUGAUGCAGGCCCAUGGAGGCGAGCGACUACAACCGUUGCACCGAAAAGCGCUGCUCCUACUGUCAACGGCGUCCCGCAUGCUAUAACCUCGGAACCAGAAAGCUUCUCUACCCUUCCUUCUGAAGUAUUCGUCCUGCAAGAUGAGACUGCGUCCAUGGAACAAUCGCCUGUCCCGCGGGUGUCAGUACCAGGGGCUGCACCAUUGAAGCAUCCGGUACAGCCAACAUCCCCGACCAAGCAUGCAUAUCGUGAGCCUGCUAUGUCCGCCUUGGAUGACACCAUGUCCAGAAUCAUGGGUGCACUGGGUGCCAUGCAGGAAGCCCGAACGCAUGGGACACCCACCAAGGUCGUCAAUGAGUCCCCCGUUCCGGCGCUCCCAUUGGAUACGAGGAUCCACGCAACGUUGGCAUCGCUAGAAACUACGAGUCACGUAGAUCGGCCAAUAUCCCCUCCCUUAGCCUGGCGAGCAUACCCGGUAAGAGUACCAAGAAAGUCUUACAAGCACGAGGAUGUCCCCCCUUCGCGCAUGGAUGCCUUCUUGCAACCUCCAUCACCGGCAUCAAUGGAUAUUCUAUGCUGGGUACCCCCUGUGAAGGACAUGUCUGUGAGGACGUUAUCCCGAGAUGACCUCUUUCACCGCAAGACAUACACUCGCGGAGUAGUAAACGCACGUGUGCUGUUGCCCACACAACGCAUUGUCCCAUUCGAGAAAGAAGCUCUUCGGCCGGUCGUUCGCCUUCCUUCCAGUAUACGUCAAGAGCCUCCAGUUGUGGCUUCUGCUGUACCGCGUGUCCUUCUUCCAAAGUCAAGGAUGUCGUCUGUUGCUCCUCGUGAUGUGCCCUCAGAAGCACGAGACCAUUUUGUGGAAACCCUUUCUCGGGUAUCUACGUUGCCAGGCAGUGAUGCUUUGCUCGCUGGUGAUCUCAAGCUCACCAGCCGUUCCCCUCCCCCAGACGUCUCAUACGGACUUUCGUCGUCUCCGGAACAACUCAUUCCGGAUACCUACACUCUGGACAAGCUUCUCGGUUCACUCCCCCAAAGAGUUCCACGCAAGAUGCCCGAAGGCGUUAAUCUUGUGUUAUACAAGUCUCCCAGUCGCGUGGAUAUGACAGGCGGGGAUGCCUCCGCUGUUCGCUUCACUGUGAGCAGCGAAUUGGAUGGACAAAGUCCUCUCGACAGUGCAUUAGCACAGGCUUCAAUCAUUUCACCUCGUCGAGUGAAUGCCGAUGUUACGGGUUCGACAGACAAGCCGAUCCACGUGAGCGAGCUGAAUGGGGAUAGUGCACCACACGUCGCGGACAUUGGGCUGAGCACUAAGCCCUCUGAGGAUAACAUGACAACCCUUCUAUCCUCGGUCGGUCAACCCACCGGGCCCACCAAUAUCCUCUCUCCGGAGAAUGAUAGCAUGACCUCUGUCACCACGGCUACCUCAACAAAAGCAUCUGCCACACCUGCAUCUGGUUCUACACCGAAUCCUUGGGGGAAAACACUUCUGCCUGACCCCGAACACUUGAAGGCGGUAUGGUCCCAUCCUGGCACCUCAAAGAUCACGGAGAAUUCUCUCAAGGGUAUAGCUGACGAGUUCCCUACGUCCUUACCUGUGUCCGUACAGGAGUUGCGAUCUGAAGAUGUUGAUGUUCCCAGCGUGAAGAACGCAGAUGAGUUGCCAACACCUGCUGUUGCGGAACCUCCAGCACGGCCGUCGUUCUUCGACCCACACAAGUCCUUCCAGCAAGUGCCCAUCCAGCCGGCUUCAAGCACCUCUAGAUUCGUACCUCCUCCGCCCGUCAACUACAGCGGCUCCGGAUUGCACAGUUCCUCUCCAUAUUCUGGGUUGGGCACGGUUGCUUCUGCCCGCCCUGCAGCUGCACCGCUCGGCGGAGUAAGGCCGUUCCCCUCCUACGCUCCGAUUGUGCCGGGACAUUCACCUAGCCCCCCUAUCAUGUACCCGGCCGCCAACGCCUACGCAAUGGUGUCUCCUCAGACGAUCUCGCCAAAUAUGCCACAGCGCAUAUGGGUACCACCGCAAGGCUCUCCCGCGACCAGUUAUGUGACCACCUCGACCCAAUACACCCCAGGCAUGAUGCCAUACGGCGCCGCUGGUACUGUCGGUGCUGUCGGACGACCUUAUCAGGCCAUGGCCCCCGGGUCGAAAGCGCCGGGUGGUGAUCGACCACUCCUUCUACACAAUCCUCGUCUGAACCUUGCAAACCCAAUGGGGACACACGUUUCGCCCCCAUUCGCAGGCAUGGGUAAUAUGGAGCAGAUGCCGGGCUUCUCCCCCCCGGUACCCCAUGCUCUUCCUCAGGCUCACGUGGGCUUUCCUCCUCAUCAAGCCAAUCCGCCUCAGCAGAUGUAUACGGUACCCAUCGGUGGUGGUAGGGGUGCGGUGCGGAACACGUAUGAUGGGUACCAGCCCGUCCCAUCGGGCGCAUUUGUGCGGCCGUCGGGUUGGUGA